GCCAGCUCACGAUGGUCAUUUCGGAAAAGGUCUCUUGAUACAGAAUGCACAUACUACACGUCUUUUGUGAAUGGCAACCGCCGGACUGCCGGAAAUCAAAAGAGCCGACCUGCCCACGAAUAUCACUACUCACGCAGCAUCCUUGCCAUUGCUAUUACCCCUGGCGGACGACUGUCACCCAGUUUGGAUCUUGAAAUUCCUUCUGAUUAUUUCGACAAAGUACAGUCACUUGAGAAUCUCAACAAUUACUACACUACUUUGGUUACGUUGGUUCAUCUUACUUGUUUGAAGGCAACUAAGCUAUGGCUCCCCAUGUUGAAGCAAAUUCUUUGUCUGAUAUCACGCAACUUGCUUCGAAUCCUCCGAAAUAUCCUCGAAAUCCUACAGAACCAAGAAAAUCAUCCCUCACCCUCUACAUAGCCCGCGUUCCCGGGAGCAAAGAUAUCAUCCUCACAACUCUUAAGCCACAGUUGAAGAAUGUCACCGCGGCUGAUGUAGCCUCUUCUCUCUACUAUUGUCACUUGAACACUGAGGAUGACGUCCGAUUUCUGGAGCAAGACCAGCCAGUGGAAGUGGAGAAGACGGCAGCAUCUAGAGAGAAGCCACUCCCGCGGAAACCCCUUCCCGAGUCUGCCAGAUCUUCUCUUGAUCUCAAUCAUCAGAUGACUUCAGUAUCAUUAAGUCCCGGGGGAAACCAAGGAGUUUCAAAAAGGAAGCCUGUCACUACUGAGCCUGCUGUUCCAUUAUUACAGCAAUCACUUGGCCAAGGGAAACAGAACAUGUUGAGACGACCUUUAGGACCUCGCCCUUUAGUAUCAGAGCCAGCACCCAAGAGAGACUCACUUCCCGGCGCAGAAAACCAACCUUGGCCCUCGGCAUCACAGUCCCAGGAUGGUGCUUCAGCUAUAAGGCAGAUUAUCGAGACAGCCUCGAGUCGCUCAUUUGAGGAGAUGGCUUCCAUUAGAAAUGGAGUAACUACCGAUGAAGCUUUUUCAAUAACUUUAAUUCGUCGAGAUCUUUCUUCCGGAGCUCAAUGGAACGUAGGCAAUGUUUCUGGUCACUCGGCUCCGAACGAAACCAACCAUGGAGGGGUAAGCCCAAAAAAGAAGUCCAAGAAGAGCUAUUUCGACAUAUCAGUUCAUAUUUCAACUCCAGGCUACGGUGCCUUUCGAGUCCCAGUCCCUACUGGCCACACUGCCAAUAGUACUGCGGAUGCGGCCAUCAGUUCUUUAGACAAGAGUCACAUGGGACAUCCGCAGUCCCCAGCGAGUCCAAAUUGGAGCUUUUAUCGACAGGUAAGAAUGGAAGGAUCCAGCUUUUGGAGUCGUCCGUCCAAUCAGCAUGGGAGGACUCGUUCAGAUCUUUCCGGCAGGCGCACCACUACGCAUCGUAGAAGUUCUAGUGGCAGCUCUGGGGGUGGACCAACAGACACAUCUUUGCACAGUUAUGAUUCCGGUCUUGAUCCUGCCGACUCAAAACCGAAGGGAUACAUGUUCGUCAGUCCAUGGGGAGGCCGCUGCAAAUUUGCAACAGGCAGUGGCGGAAGAAGCUUAACGCUCAAGCACACCUUGCUCGCACCAGUAUCAGCAAGUAAUACAACCAACGCUACAUCUCCGCAACAAAUUUCUGCAUAUGUGAGCGAGCUUCGUUUCAAUCUGCCUUCGACAGUAUUGUUCUCAUCUUCGACAAUCAAUUCUGCCAGUAAGCGGAGUAGUUUCGAUUCUAGGACCCUCACCACAUCGAAGUUUAGCAACCUACGCAAGAAAUUAUCUCCUAAUAAAACCCAACCUCCACCUCCACCCCGACCACAUCCGACUUCGUAUGCAGCGAUGUACCCCAGUGACGAAGAAGAAGCCCCUCCUCUACCACCAAGAUCAUUCCAUGUGACAGACUCAAGCGAAGAAGAAGCAUCUCCACCGCUCCCGACCAGAUUACACCCUUUCCCGUACGAGAUGAAUGCCACCCACGGAGAGGAGAUCGAUGAUGAUCCUCAUUUGGACCUCAGCAUCGGUCAAGAGAAGGCGGGAGGUGGAAAUAGAGGCAAACGAGCAAAGCUUGGCAAGCUGGUCAUCCAUCACGAGGGUUUCAAAAUGCUGGACCUCGUGGUUGCCGCGAAUAUUGGUGUAUGGUGGAGUGUUUGGGAAUCUGGCUCGCAUUAGCAUUGGCGUGACAAAAGAUUUCUAGUCACUACAGGAUCAUAUUUCCGACGUACUUCAACCUUCCCUGCACAUAAGUCUCCUCUUGUUUGAAUUCUGGUACGAAUAUGUUACUCGGGCAUGUAGAUCGGGCCCUUUUACAUCAAGCGGUGCUAGGAGAGCUGAUGCUGAACCUAUUACUGGGUUACUAGGUGUAUCCUCUCAAAGUUGAAAUUUCUUCUCGUGUCACUGUUUUAGCCAC